UUGCUAUUCCCGCGAUUUGCCCAAAUGAACACGAUGAACAGAAACAAGAACAACACUAACAGCAGCAAAUUGAACUCCGUCUUCUACGCACAGACCUAUCACCCAAUCCAAGCCGGUAGCAUCGAUGGCACCGACAUUCUUCCUCACGAUAACGCCGUCUACAGAGCUCUCUUAUGUUCUUCCGCCGGCCUCUAUGAUCCGUUCGGUGAUCCAAAUGUCAUCGGUGAAGAUCCUUAUUGCACCGUUUUCGUCGGCCACCUCUCUCAAUUCACCACCGAAGAUACUCUUCGCAAGGCUAUGAGCAAAUAUGGCACAGUGAAGAACUUGCGAUUGGUCAGACAUAUUGUUACAGGUGCCUCUCAAGGUUAUGCAUUUGUUGAAUUCAAGAGUGAAAGAGAAAUGCAAAGAGCAUAUGAGAAGGCGCAUCAUUCAGUUAUUGAUGAUUCUGAAAUCAUAGUUGAUUAUAACAGGCAGCAACUAAUGCCAGGGUGGAUUCCAAGAAGAUUAGGAGGAGGUCUUGGAGGUAAGAAAGAAUCCGGGCAGCUUCGAUUUGGGGGUAGAGAAAGACCUUUUCGUGCCCCAUUGCGUCCAAUUCCAUUGGAUGAUUUGAAGCGACUUGGGAUUCCACCUCCACCUGAAGGCCACUACAUGUCAAGAUUUGAGGUAUGUUUUUCUCGAUCUUUCAACUAUAUGAAAACAUUAUUUGAUGAUGAUUGGAAUUUGAAGGUUCCAUCACCACCUCUAAAGAAAAGAACAAGUGUAGAUAGAGAUAGGGAAGAGAGGCAUAGAAAAAGUUCUAGUAGACAUGAGAGAAGAAGAUCGAGUAGUAGGGAUCACAUAUAUGAGGAAACCAAAGAUGGAUAUGGAUCUAAGAAGAGGAGUAACUAUAACCAUGAACAUGAAAAAAGAUCUAGUAGUCGAAACUAUGAGUAUGAUGAUGAAAGAGAUUCGCAUAAACAUCAUAGAUCAUCAACAUCAACAUCAAUAGGUUAUGAUAAUGAUGAUGAUCAUCAUCGAUCUGAUACGAGGCGUUCUCGUUCUGGUGAUAGGGAACAUCGGUCCCACAAGCGCCAUAGACAUGAGUAAGUUUUUUCUUUGAAAAUGGAAGGUAUAUGAUUAUGUGUGUUGAUUCUUAUUGUUUUCAACAUGAGGAACAUUGUAUUUAGGGAUUAUCAAAAUCUCAACUUUGAUUGGGUGAUUACGAAGUUAUUGUUGGGUAUUGUGAUUGUUCUUCAUUAAUAAUAAUUACAAAACUACGUUAUUAUUAACUAGAAA